UAUGGAUACAUGCGCGCCAAUCAUACAUCAGUGGAUGGUAGGGAUAAUCAAUAUGGACCAGUGGGUCAGGAACCACAAUUGAAGCUCUCGUGAGGAACGCCAACGUGAAGGUCAUGCGUUUAACAGAGUCGAAAUUGAAGCAAAAUGACGACUUUCACGAGGUUGUCCGAAGAGGAAACUCCCUCUAUUAAUGUCGAUGUCACCAGGAGACUCUCGAAGAUAGAUCCAAACAUAUAUGGCGGGUUCAUGGAGCACAUGGGUCGUUGUAUAUACGGAGGAAUUUACGACCCAGGCAACCCUCUUUCAGACUCUCACGGGUACCGUACUGAUGUCCUAUCCGCCUUACGCGAGCUGGAUAUUCCCGUGAUUAGGUAUCCAGGAGGAAAUUUUGUAGCUACUUAUCAUUGGCAAGAUGGAGUUGGACCCAGAGAGAACAGACCCGCACGCCCAGAACUUGCUUGGCUGGGAACCGAGACAAAUGAGUUUGGUACUGAUGAAUUCAUGCACUGGCUUGAAGUUCUGAGUGAAGGGAAGGAGAAGAGAGUCGAGGCAUAUUUUGCGUUGAACUUCGGCACUGGAACUCUGGACGAGGCGUUGGCCUGGGUUGAGUAUUGCAAUGGUACAAAGAAUACCUACUAUGCCAAUCUCAGACGCAAGAACGGAAGAGAAGAGCCAUAUAACAUCAAAUACUGGGCUUUGGGUAACGAAAUGUGGGGACCAUGGCAAGUUGGACAAAUGACCUCCGAAGACUAUGCCAAAACAGCUGCUCAAUGGGCCAAAGCCCUCAAACUUCUCGACCCAAGCCUCUGCCUCAUCCUCUGCGGUGAAACUGGUCACUCCUCCUGGGACCACGAGGUUCUCAAAUCCUGCAUUCCGUACGUAGAUAUGCACAGCAUCCACAUCUACACAGCCGACAAAGAGCAUCUCCCCAACGUCACUGCUCCAUUGUCAGCAGAAAGAGCGAUUGAAACUGCCGCAGCGCUUAUCGAUAUUGCGAGAAUUGAGAAGAAGAUCCCACCCGGUGUUCCUAGGACGACUAUUUGUUUUGACGAAUGGAACGUCUGGGAUCCCGAACGCGCUCCUGGUGAGCAGGGGGCCGAAGAACUUUACACCUUAUCCGAUGCUCUGGGUGUGGCUGUUUGGUUGAAUGUCUUCGUGAGGCAAAGUAGAUGGGUAGGAAUGGCGAACAUUGCCCAAAGUGUGAACGUUAUUAGUCCAUUGAUGACGACGAAAAAUGGAAUUGUGAAACAGGCGACUUGGUGGCCCUUGUUGCUGUUUAGUAAGUAUAUGAGGGGUUGGACUGUGGGUGUUCAUGUUAGUUGUGGGGCUUAUGAUGGGGUUACCAAUCCUACUUGGCUUCAAGGGGUCCUCGAAGAUGGUGCAAGUUGGCUGGAUGUCAGUGCAUCUAUGAACGAGGAGGGUGUGCUGACUUUGGUUGUGGUGAAUAUCCACGAGACGAAAGGUUUUGAAGUGAAUCUGUCAGGAGCAGGGAAGGAUGUCGAAGUGUAUACCAUCACUGGUCCAGAUGUGAAAGCUGUGAAUGCGGAAGGGAAGGAAGAGGUCAGUGUGAAGGAAAGUAAAUGGGAUGGCGAAGGAAAUUUCAAGUUUCUGAAGCAUUCAAUGACGAUGCUGAGAUGGAAAACUGGAAAGAAGAUCACGGAGGUUAGAAAAGGAGAUUGCAAGCGCUUAGAUACGAGGAAGUUGGCAUGGGAAUGAAGUGCCGGAGAUAAUUAGUGUUCAAACAAUUUCGAGAACAGAAAGUGCAAUGCAUGGUCUUGAACUUGUUGUUGGAGAUGGACG